AUGAAUUAUGAGAUAAUAAAAUAUAAAUUGGACGAUCUUAAAUAUCUAGCUAGCCAAUUUAAACAGUUUGGGCCACAAUAUAUUAGCUGUGUUGAGUCUGUAAUCAAAAAAACUAAUGAUACAUAUGAGAAUACAGUUACUCAGUUUAACAGCUUUCUUGAUAAGCAUGGAGCUUUAGAUGAAGCUAAUAUAAAAGCUUAUAAAGAAAUUUAUAAUUCUCUUAAAAUAUCAGAAGAAAUAAGAGAAAGUCAUUUAAAAGGCGAAACAGUAAAAGCAGCAGCGAUGGUAACCAAUAUUAUCUCAAAGCUCAGUCUCGCUCAUCUAAACUUAGAAUCUGAAAAUAUUGAUUCUUAUAUCUUGAAAGCACAAUUAAGUAAUGCAAAACUUUUGAGCGAAACAUUUGAAGAUGUGGCACCAAAUUAUGAAGGUAUUUGCAGAGAAUAUAUAAAUCUUAUUGAAAGCUUAUUGUCUUCUGCUGAAUUUUUUAUGGAGAAUGAUAAUUUUGAGAGCUUUGCUAAUACUUUAUUGCAAGCAAAAAAAUUAUUAGGAAUUAUUUUAGGCCAUUUGAAUUUAGAUUCCUUACUCUCCUCUCCCAUGGAAGAUCAUUAAUAUUUGGCUAAAAUCCAUCCUUUGAAUAAAAAAUUAUUUUAUUAUAAAAAUUUUAUGAAAAAUUUUUAUAUGUAAGUAUAAGCCUGCUUGCAUUUUAUAACAUAAAACAAAUUAAAUUAAUAUUUACUUUCCAAUUUUUGCGAAUUAGGAUUUUUUAAAAUUAGAAAAAUAAUUUUACUUAAAAUUUAUAUAUAUUUUCUUAAAAAAAAAUUAGCCUUUCCAUAAGCUAACAUAAAUUUUUUGUUCGCUUACUGAGGCAAGUUAAAUGAAAAAUAUCAUAUUCUUUUAGAUAAGUUUGUUUCAAGCUUGAAACAAAGAUGUGAAAAUUCAAUUGCACUAUUAAACAAAGGAUGCAUUGAAAAAAACGAUAUAGAAAUUCUUAAGACAAAUAUUACUUUGAUAAAAUCAGCGAAUGAUGCUCAUUCUUUAAAUUUUCUUAUCUCCAAAUUAGAAAUAAAGGAGCUUUUGCAAUCAAUUAUUAUUGUAUAUCAACAAUACUUUGAUAAAGCUAACUCCCCCCCCUCUGUGAGUGAACAAAAAAAUUUUGUUCACUCACGGAGGGGGGUUAAUUUUUUUUUUUCAAAAAAAUUUAUAUAUAAAUUUUAUAAAAAAUAUUUUUUUUCGAAAUUUAAAAAAAAUCUAAUUUGCAAAAAUUGGAAAGCAAUAUUAAUUUAAUUUGUAAAAUUUAUGUUUUAAAAAGCAAUUCGUUUAAAAUUAAACAGAAUUAGCUCUAGAUUUCAUUAUGCUAAUUAUCAUUUAUAUAUCAAACUUUUUUUCAUAUAAAAAUUUUUUGUAUUAAAAAAAUAUUUAUUCACUCACGGAGGGUGGGUUUUUGGGCAAAAAAUAGGGAUUUUCUAAUGGUUUUGUUCACUCACGGAGGGGGGAGUAAGGAUGAUGUGAUAUCAUUUAUUAACAAUGAAGCGACAUAUAAUGUAGCUGAAAUUGAACCAAAAUUUGAUGAAUUUAGCCUGUUAAUGGAGAUACCUGAUAUAGAGUAUUUAAUUUCUGCUUCUUAUCAAGAAAGCCUAAAUUCACUGAUAAAUAAAAUCAGCUAUUUCAGAAAAGAAGCAAAAGAAAUUGUUAAAUCUUUUAUAAAUUCUCCUGAAUCCAUAGAUCUUAACCACUUGCGCAAUUGUUUCUCUUGGCUUGAGUCAGGAAAAUGAAUAGAAAAAUUCAGAGAAGGAAUUUAUAGAAAUGAACUUUCAGGAAUAGAAAAAGAGAUCAAAAGUUAUAUUGACAAAUUAUUAGUUGAAUUAAAAGAAAUUGAUUUAGGAAUCAAUUUUCCUUUUAAUGUGUCUCAAGGAUAUAAUAUUGUUAAAAAAUUAAACCCAAUUCUUCAAUUGAAAGAAUUUGUUCCCUCAUUGGAAAAUUAUGAUAAAGAUAUUUGAAUAAAAUUCAAAGAAAGGGUAGAGGAGACGCUGAAAGUAAUAAAAAGGGAGUUUAACCCAGAGCUGCAAGACAUUGAAAAGGAAAAAAAUGAUUUAAAAAGACUCAUAAGCAUUAGGGAAGAAUAUUUAUGUUAUGAAGAAGAAAAGAAAGAAGAAAUCCUUAAAAUUUAUGGAUUAGAAAAUAUUGAAGAAAUAGAUACAGAAAUAAAUAAAAUUCAAAAUUUCAUUGAAAUUUUCAGCCAAAAAUUGGAGAAGAACUUGUUUGAUAUUGAUAAAAUGGAAAAUUCAUAUAACUAUAUUGUGGAGUGCAGAACUAUACCUGAACUAUCUGAAAUUCUUGAGCCUUUUUCUUCAAAUAUUAUCUCCAUAUUAUCUCAAUUCUACAAUAAGAAUCUUGUUUCUUCAAAAAAAUGCUUUGACAUUAUUACAAAAAACAUUUCAGAUUACAGGCCUUGGGAUAUAACCCUUAUAAAGAAAAAUUCUCAUCAGUUUUCUUUAACUCCCCCCCUCCCCCCCCCCCCUCCGUGAGCGAACAAAACCAUUAGAAAAAUCGCCAUUUUUUGACCAAAAACCCACCCUCCGUGAGUGAACAAAAAUUUUUUUAAUAGAAAAAAUUUUAAUGGAAAAAAAUUUUGAUAUAUAAGUGAUAAUUAGUAUAAUGAAAUCUAGAGCUAAUUCUGUUUAAUUUUAAACAAAUUGCGUUUUAAAACAUAAAUUUUAAAAAUUAAAUUAAUAUUUGCUUCCCAAUUUUUGCAAAUUAGGAUUUUUUUAAAUUUCGAAAAAAUAUUUUUUAUAAAAUUUAUAUAUAAAUUUUUUUUAAAAAAAAAAAUUAACCCCCCCUCCGUGAGCGAACAAAAUUUUUUUGUUCGCUCACGGAAGGGGGGGGGGGGAGUAAGCUUCAAAGAAAUUUUACUAUUGAAUACAAAAUCUCAAUCAUUUUUCAAAUUUUUAGAAUAUCAACCUCAUUUUGAUCAUUAUACUAACGAGCUCAAUAAUUUAUGCACAAUUUUCAAUGAGAAGCUUAGAAAUUGUAUUGAUAAAAAUGAAUUGAAAAAAAUGUCUUCGCUUUUAGCUAUUGCUAAUGACUUUGCCAAAGUUAAUGAAAAUUUUGCAGCAAUUUCGAUUGAUUAUGGAAAAAUACAAAAUUCAAAGCAAGAUCAAACGUGCCAAAACAUAAUUGAAUCAAUUGAGACUUAUAAUUUUGAUAGAGCAAUUCAGUUAAUAAGAAUGCUUGAUGAAGGGGCUUAUAAUCAAAAUAUAGAUAUAAUUAAAGAAAAAGUGUAUUGUCAAAUUGAAAAUUUAUUGAAAGAUCUUAAAGAAAACGCUUUAAAUAUAAGCAAUUCUAAGUUAGAUCAUGCCCAAAUAAGCUCUACGUGCUCAAAUUUUCAAAAACUAGCUACUCUGAAAAAUAAUUUUUAUAGUUUUUUUGAUAGAGAAGUUGUUCAAUUAUUCAAUGAACAAGAGGGAAAUAUUAGAAAGAUAUUUAUGGAUAAAAUUAUGGAAUUUCUGUAUACAAUUGAAAGCGCUAUUAGCUCCCAUAAAUAUUAUGAAGCUGAAGUAAAAAUGAAAAAUAUCCAAGAUUUGAAAAGUGAUUUACUUAUCCUCCCUCUUGACCUUUGUGAGAGAACAAAAAUAUUCAUUGCUCACUCCCCCCCCUUUAAAUUGGAACUAAAAAUUUUGUUCCAAUUUAAAGGGGGGUUAAGACAAAUUUUUUAAAAAAAAAUAUCAAUAUAAAAUUUUUUAUAAAAAAAAAAUUCAAAAACUUAUCGAGUUAGAUUAAAUAAAUUUAUUUAAUAAAAUGUUAUUUACUCUUUAUACUUUAAAACAAAGCAAGGUAUAACUAAAUUUUUUAUUAUUAGUUAAUACGCCACUAUUAAUUGGCAUCAAAAUUAUUUGCACAAAAAUUAAUUAUUUUUAUUGAUAAAAAAAAUUAAAAAAAAAAAAAUUUUAGAAAAUUAUCGAUCAAAGUGCUAUUUUUGUUUAAAUAAGAUGCUAUUUAUACUCUAUUCUUUAAAAUAAAACAAGGAAUAAGUAAAUUUUGAAUUUUUAUAAAGAAUUCCUAUUGAAUUUAUAUCAAAACUAUUUAAAUAAAAAAUUAUCAUUUUUAUUUAAAAACAAAUAAAUUUUUUUUAAAAUUUAGCAAUUAAGGAUAUUAAAUUUAUUUAAAUAAGAUCCUCUUUAUACUUUCUUCUUUAAACAAGAGCAAGAUAUAACUAAAUUUUUAAAUUUUAGUUAGGAAGAAACAUUUAACUUAUAUCAAAACUUUUUAGAUAAAAAUUAUAUAAUUUUUUAUUACCUAAAAAGUGGAAAUUUUACCUAUAUUUUGUUCCAAUUAAAAGGGGGGAGUCAGAGAGAUUAAUUUUUUUUGUUAAUUGUUUUUUCAAAAUUUUAAAAAAAAUCUCAAUUAUGUUUUUGAAUGCAAAUUGUUUUAAAUUAAAAAGAAUUGGGGAGAGACUUCAUUCUUAUAAGCCACUUAUAUCAAUUAAAAAUUUUUAUAUUAAUUUUUUUUUCAUUAACGGAAGGGGAUUUAAGAUAUAUGGGUGGAGAAUUCAAGAUCAUCUCUCUAAAGUUCAAAAGAAGCUUGAUGAUAUGCCACACUCAAUACUUAAUCUUAUGAGGUCAUGCAAAAUUAAAGAUUUUAAAGAUUGCAAUCCUAGGUUAACCUUACAAGAAUUUGAAAAUGCUUCAAAUGACUUCCCAAAAUAUAAAGAUAGUCCUAGCCAAGUUAAAAAUAUAAUCCAUGAAAAAUUCGAUAGCAUAAGACGCACUAUGUUAAUAAAAUGCUCUUGAUGAAAAAAGUCAAUUAUCAACGAUUUAUCUUCAAUUUUAGAGAUUUUACCAAGUGAUUUUAAGAAUUUAGCAAAUAUUUUGAUUGAUGACAUUAAGAAAAACUAUAAAGAGCAUAAAAAAUAUACUAUAGAAAAAAUCAAUAUAUUAGCGAAAGGACAAAAUAUAAAAGAUUUAUGUGCCAUGUACCGCAAAUCUGUCAAUAAGCCAUCAUGAAAUAAUAAUUAUUGGCGGGAAACUGAUUAUUCACAGGAAAUUAAUUUGUCAUGGGAAGCUAAUUAUAUAGAAAAGAGUUUAAGGCAUAUUUUGAUAAAUCUUAACGAUCAAAUAUGUCUUGCUAUUGAUAAAGGUGAGUGUGAAAAAGUUUUCAAAAAUGCUUGGGUUUUGGAGUAUAAAGGCAAAUUAAAUGAUAUAAUAUCAGACAGUGAAUGAAUUCUAUCUGAAAUUGAGCAGAGUCUUAAGAAAGUUAUUGCAAAUGCUUUUAAUUCUCUUCUAAAUAUUGAUCAUAAAGAUGAAAGCAUAGAAUGCAUUGAGGCCUUAAAAUGUCAUACUAUUUUUAUGGACUUUAAAAUCAAAUUUGAGAAGGAAAAAGGAGCUUCAAAUAUGUUUAACUUUAACAAUACUAUUGAAAGCAUGCUAGUCGGCAUUUCAGAAUUUUAUGCAAAUCUCAAUAAAAGCUAUUUAGAGUUUAAACCUCCCAAUAAUGCCCAUAGCUGCAAUAAAAUUUUAAACAAGCUUAAAGAAUGGGAUGAAUUUUUCAGAAUUUUUAAAGAAUAUUUAUCACAAUAUCAAAUUUAUCACUUUUACAUUGAUUAUGAAAGAAUUAAAAAAUUGCCUCGUUAUUCUGGGCUUGUAGAAGACUUAAGUGAAGCUUUAUGUCAACUGGAUGAUUAUUUUAUGAACUUGAAAAUUCAAAAUGAUGAAAUAAAGCACCAAAAACUCCUUGAAGACCGUGCUAAUGAGAUUCAAGAUAGAUUAGACCAAAUAAAAAAUUUUGAAGACUUAAAAAAUCACCUAAAUCCUCAUGUUGCUAAUUUUGAAAAAAUAGAAUCAGGAGCAAUUAAUUCUAUAUCCAGAGAAAUGGAUAAAAUUGUAGAUGACGCCUCACAUUUGAUAAAUAAAGAUGAAAUCAGGGAAGAAGAAUUUACUAAAAUUAGAAUUUAUUAUAAUUGCUUGGUAAUGUUUGAGAAAAAUCUAAAAAUCAAAGGCUUUGAUUGAAAAAAGACACUCACUCCACCCAUCCGUAAAAAACCCAACCUCCAAUAAAGAACAAAAAUUUUUAAUUAAAAAAUAUUUGAUUUAUAAAUAAUAUUUAUUAUAAUGAAUUCACUAGUUAAUUCUGUUUUAUUUGAAAGCAAUUACGUCUUAAAACAUAAAUUUUACGGACUAAAUUAAUUAACUGCCCAUUUUUUGCGAAUUUUAAUUUUUUUGAAACAAAAUUCUAUAUAAAUUUUAUAUAUACUAUUUUGAAAAAAAUAAUUAACCCCCUAAAAUUAUUUUGUUAGCUUACUCAGGGUCGAGUCAGAGGAAUUGAAGCCAAAAUUUUUAGUAAAACUGUUGAAUUAAGAGAAAAAGCUGAAAAUGGAGCUCAGGUGGCAGAAAUUGUAGAUCCUAUGAUAAAAAUGAAGAACAUUUCAAAUAAUUUUCCUUUAUUAAAAGAAGGACUAGAUAAAAUUUUGGAUGAAUUUUUAGAAACUUUUAGGAAGAAAAACAAAGCCAAAGCUGUGGCAAUUUUCGAAGAAUUAGAAAAACAUCCAAGCGGGCUAGGACUUUAUAUUCUUUCAGAACAUAAAUUUUUCGAGGGUGUAAUGCAAAGAAUAUGGCUUAAUAAGACCCAGAGGCAUGAUAUAAAUUAUGCGCUAGAUCAAAUCAAAGGUACAAAUUUGAAUAAGGAAGAGUUAGAAGAUAAGCAUAGGGAUUACACUGACUCCCCCCUCCGUGAGCGAACAAAAUCAUUAGAAAAAUCCCUAUUUUUUGCCCAAAAAACCCACCUCACAGAGCGAACAAAAAUUUUUUUAUGAAAAUCAAUUUUAAUAUAUAAAUGAUAAUUAUUACAAUGAAAUCUCGAGUUAAUUCUGUUUAAAAUUUCAAACUGCUUGCAUUUUAAAACAUAAAUUUCGCAAAUUAUAUUAAUUUUUGAUUUUUAAUUUUCUAUAAAAUUAUAUAUAAUUUUUAAAAAAAAAAAUUAACCCCCCAAUAGUGAGCGAACAAAAAUUUUUUUGUUCGCUCACGAAGGAGGGGAGUGAGCAUUUUGGUGAGCUGCACAGAAUAUAUUGAAGAAUUGCAAGCAAUGAAGGGGCGGAUAAUGCUAUCUCUCAAAUAUUAAGCCAAAUAGAAAUAGUGUCCAAAAAUUAUGCUAUAACCUCUUCAAAUCCAGAUAUUAGCUUAUUUAAGGAGUUUAUACCUGAGCUUUUAGCUUAUAUUGCAAUGCUAUGGGUGCUUUUAAAUAUUAAAAAAUAUAAUCAAGAUAUAAAUGAUACAGAACAAGAAAUUACAAUUGUUACCCCUCAUGCAAUACAAAUCUUAUCAAUAUUCCGAAUGAUUGGAAUUGGCUAUCGAGAAAAUACAAAUCCUAAAAAUAAUCUAGUGCAAAUUUUAACAGGUGAGGGAAAAUCAAUCACACUAGCGUUUUUAUGCUCUAUGCUUGCCCUGCUAGGAUUCAGUGUGAACUGCGCCUGCUAUAGCGAGCACCUAAGUAACAGAGAUUUUCAAGAUUUUUAA